GCGUGGAGUAGAUAAGCUCUUGAUUCUAAACCUUGAUCCACCAUAACAAGUUCUUGAUCCGUGUCCACCAUGAUCAGCGCCCUGUUCCUCAUCAGUCAGAAGGGUGAGGUAGUGCUCAAUCGCUUUUACCGUGACGAUGUCAGCCGACGCGCGGCCGACAACUUCCGACUGCAGGUGAUCGCGGCCAAGGAGACGGGCACGCUGCCGCCUGUCAAGGUCAUCGACGGGUGCUCUUUCCUAUACACUCGUCACGAGAACUUGUACCUGGUGGCUGUUUCGCGUGCCAACAUCAACGCUGCAUUGGUGUUCCAGUUCCUCUAUCAGCUCAACAUCAUUUUCAAGGAAUAUUUCGGUAAGAAGUACAAUGAAGACACCAUCCGAGACAACUUCACGCUCGUGUACGAGCUUCUGGACGAGACCAUGGACCACGGUUACCCGCAGAACUGCUCCAGCGACGUGCUCAAGCUGUUCAUUAACCUUGGAUCAUCUCUCGCCACCCCCGAGAACCCUGGUGGAGCCCCACCUUCACAGCUGACAUCGCAGAUCACGGGUGCCAUCGACUGGCGCCGCGAAGGAAUCCGAUACAAGAGGAAUGAGGUGUAUCUCGAUGUCUUCGAGAGUGUGAACCUGCUCAUGUCGUCCAACGGUACAGUUCUGCGCAACGAAGUAGCUGGCCAGGUGGUCAUGAAGACACUCCUUACCGGUAUGCCCGAGUGCAAGCUCGGGCUGAAUGACAAACUCACAAUGCAGAAGGGAGAUGCCCCCUCUGCCAAGGUGGCUGGCCAAAAGCGCGGCUCGCGUGAGGUCGAGAUCGACGAUUGCACGUUCCAUCGCUGCGUGCGUCUUGGCAAAUUCGACGCCGACCGAACCAUCACGUUCAUCCCCCCGGAUGGAGAGUUUGAGCUUAUGAAGUACCGUGUGACCGAGAACAUCAACCUUCCCUUCAAGAUCAUGCCAGCUUACCAAGAGCAAGGCACCACUCGUCUCUCUGUCACUCUGAAGCUGGCUUCGCUCUUCAGUCCGCGACUGUUUGCUACCAACGUCGUCAUCAAGAUCCCGACGCCACCGAAUACUGCGCGAGCUAAGAUCAAUGCCCCUAUCGGCAGAGCGAAGCAUGAACCGGAAAAUCAUGCGAUCGUGUGGCGUAUUCGCAAAUUCCAAGGCAAAUUGGAGCGGAUGCUGGAUGCUGAAGUCGAGAUGAUGAAGGGAACGAAGGAAAAGCUAUGGUCACGUCCGCCGCUUCAGAUUGAAUUUCAGGUGCCUAUGUUCACGUCGUCGGGACUGCACGUGCGGUUCCUCAAAGUAUUCGAGAAGAGCUCUUACCCGACUACCAAGUGGGUUCGCUACGUCACGCGUGCUGGACAGUAUCAGCUCCGCAUCUAAUCAGAUCCACACGCUCCUAGUUUCCGAGCCAAUUUCGAUACGAAUAUCUGCUUAACAAAACUCGAGUAGGUAGUAUCAUCAAUAAAGAGAGACACGCGGUUUGAUUUGAAAAUAUGUAAAAAAAAAAAAAAAAGUUUCUAG